ACCUGACCUUAAAGGUUUCGAGGUGUUUAGUUUGGUUCUAAUCUGGUCUGUUUAUUUAAAAAAAAUAUUUUGUCCAGUAUUCUGAAGGACUGACUGUGAUGUAUGGCAUCACGAGUCUUCUUUAGGUCCGAAUGAACUUCAACGAAACGCCUCCAUCCUUUAUUGACACCAGUAACUGUCAUUUCUCUCAUAGUUUCUGUUGACGCAGUGACGUAACCCCAGUGCUAUGAUCACCCCCUCUGGUUUCCAGGGCAGACACACACACACACACGUCAUGCUCCUGCAGGUUCAGGCUCUUGUGAGCACACGUCUGGUUCCUCCAGUCCUCCUCCUGUUAAAUGGCCCAGAUUUCUCAGCAGCUUCAGUUCACCGUGAACAGACGCUCAUGUCUGAAUGUGAGAGCCGGAGGAAGUGGGAAGGCAUGACAUUCAAACCUCGGCGGCUGGACUUCGGUCUCCUCUCAGUAUUUUGGUGUUUGUCUUUAUGAUGCAGCUCACGAGCUUGAAUUUCUUCAACGAAUCAAAGUUGUUUUCUGCCCACAUGUUGGCCGGUUUGGUCAUGUUUACCUGCAACCUUCUUUAUGCCUGUUAAGUCUCUAAAGCCUGUAAUCUGCAGCCGUCACGGCCUGCUGAUUAAAACACACACACACGCUGCAGGUGUCGUGUGUCGCUGCAGACCGACGGACGCGGCUUCGUGUGUUUCCAGAUGUUGACCUCUUCUCCAUUACAUGCUGAUCUGAACAGCUUAUGGUGUUUGUCUUCAAUGCUGUCAUGUGACCUUUAAACGUCCGGCAGCGAGGAGCAGCCUGAUCAGUCCCACCCUGAUCAGACGUUACUGAUUCGUCGAACUGUAGCGCCAACAUGUGAUGAGCUUCUGUUGCUUCGACUGCAUCCACCUUUAAGUUUAAAGAUUUGUCCGCCUUAAAGGCAGCUUUCAAAAAGCUCAGUCCUCCCGUCUUCCCGCUGAAACCCGAGGCCGGUGGUUUAACGUCAGGCCACCAGCCACCAGUUUUCCUCAUCCACACUGAAAUGUGAGGGCUGACGUGUUUGAAUGCAAACUCUCAGUUUUCCAGUUUUGAGUAAAAUUUCACCCCUUCGGAGCCGAUUGUGCAAAGUUCCGUUUUGCUCGUCCGUCCCAGAUUUGCCAUCCGCACUAAAACACGACGCUGGUCGUCUUCUGAGCAGCCUGACGUUUCCAGACGCUGCAGUUUCUUUGUGUUUUCAGUGUUUGCAGGCUUCGCUCUCGAUGCCCACGGCUGAAAGAGUCUCUCACUUCCACAGGGCUGGUGGGCUUUUUCAAAUCUAGAUCUUUAUUUGAUCCAAACUGCUGUCAGACAGCUCAGCCGGCUGCCAACUUUUCCAGUGUGAAUCUGGUGUUUUUCCCACUGACCCACUGUGGACGCGUUUCACACCUGACAGAAUCGGUGGCUUCCUGUCGUCGCCGCCGUGUGAACUGAGUUGCGUCUUAUUUCUGUGUUCUGGCUGCUCGUAUCUCCUCUGCUUUUUCAUUGUAAUUACGGCCCGAUGAAGCUCCUGUGGAAUUAAAAUGGAGUGGUCGAGUGUGUGUGUGUGUGUGUGUGUGUGUGAGAGAGAGAGAGACAGGCAGAGAGAGAGAGAAUGGUAGAGCGAGCUUUAUUCAGACUGACCUCCCCUGAUUGUUUCUGAUGUUUUCAUUCGCAGGCUGAGCGGCUUCACAUUACAAACCAAAAGACGACCGACUCUUUAAUUAAUUAACUUAGAUUUAUCUUUAUUUUUAUUAUUGGGACUUUUGGUUUUGGAUUGUCUCGUGUCAGCAGCGUCGUGGCUCUCAGGUAAGCCCACUUUAUUUUAUUUGUGAAUUCAUUUAAAGUUUAUUGAUUGUUUUGUAUUUGAGACAUUUUGGAUUUUCUGUCAGAUUUAUGUGUCAGUGGUCGUGAUUUGUGUGUUUGUUAAAUUUAAAUGUUUUAUUUUUAUUGUAUUUAUUUGUGUACUUUAAUAAUUACUCUUCAUGUUGCUGUUCAACCUUUGAAUUCAUCCUCGGAAAUAAAAUCGAGCGCUUUGUCCACCUGCCGGAGGUCAGAACGGAGUCGUGAUUUAAUCAGAUCAACAGAAAUUAACAGGAUAAUAUUUAACUGCUCUCAUAUUAAAGGUUGAAGUUCUGAUUUGAUUUUUGUUGCUUUGUUAAUUAGAAAUAUUUAAAUAAUACCAAAAUAAAACUGAUCCAAAAUUGAAGCUUUAAAGAGAAUCAUUUUAAAAUUUCAUUUGAGGUUUCAGUGCAAGUUAAAACACACUGUUUGUUCAUUAAAUUAUUGUUUUAAAUUAAAUAUUAAUGUGGCCUUCUUAUUAUUCUUAUUAGAUAAAAUAGAAAACAAAGAAAAGCGAAUAUUUGAUGGUGUGAAGUGACUGCAGUUAACACACACUCAUCCAAAACACAAAUCAAUUUAAUUGUUAAUUUUGCUUUUAAAUCAAACAUCAACAACAAAAUUUUCCCUGAAUCUGCCUGAAGAUAAAAUACAGCAAACACAAAAUAAAAAGUCCAACAUUCAGUCCUGCUGAUCCUGAAUCCAAAACUGGACACAGAAAAUUAAAAUCUGCUAAACAUCAGCACUUCACGAGGAGGUGAGCACACACACACACACACGCGUGUGUUUUCAUGCAAAUCAGGCUGAGUGUGUGAACACCAAGAGAUGAAAGGAAAAGAUUAAAUCUGACUGUGCGCUUGUUUCGGGAGUGAAAGGUUUGAUGUCCCGUUCGUGGACCUAAAGUCUCUGAAAUGAAAGACCAAUCGGGCUCAGGUCUCAGGUCUCAGGUCUCAGGUCUCAGGUCUCCGAGCCUCCAGAAACCCAAAGGGGGGAGAGAAACCGUCAGGCUGAAUGGAGCACAAAAUACAAAAUACGGUUCGCAACUUCAGUAGAAAUUAAAGACAAAAUAAUCAAGCUGUCUGAACCCGAGUGCUGUGGGACAUGAGACAAGUCGUGAGACAGACUGGACUCCCUGAGCACCAGGCCCUGACAAACAGGCAGACCUGAGAAAUGUGACCCAGGUGUGUUCGUCUGCACCACACCUGUCUUUGUUUGUGUCCAGAUGAAGGUGGAGGGGUUACAGGAGGAUGGGGAGUCUGGGUCCGUGUCCUCGGCAGACCGGACCGCCUCUGUGGUUCGUAGCGGCGGAUCGACGGCGUGCGGGCCCAGCUCGGCCGAGCGCUGCAUGUCACGGCUGCUGAGCGCCGUGGAGAGCGAGCUGCAGGCCGGCCGGGAGAAGGGCGACCCGACGGAGAGGGAGCUGAGGGUGACGCUGGAGGACGUCGAGCUGUGGAGGAAGUUCCAGCACAUCACCAACGAGAUGAUCGUCACCAAGAACGGACGCCGGAUGUUCCCCGUCCUGAAGGUCAGCGUGUCCGGACUGGACCCCAGCUCCAUGUACUCCUUCCUGCUGGACUUCGUGCCGGCCGACGGCUGCCGCUGGAAGUUCGUGAACGGGGAGUGGGUGGCGGCAGGCCGGGCGGAGGCCCGUGGCGAGGGGCGGGGCCACGGCGGCAUCUACAUCCACCCGGACUCCCCCAACUUCGGGGCUCACUGGAUGAAGGCGGCCGUGAGCUUCAACAAGGUCAAACUCACCAACAAGGUGAACGGGGGAGGACAGAUCAUGCUGAACUCUCUCCAUAAGUACGAGCCUCAGCUCCACAUCGUGUGUGUUGGCGCUCGUCAUCGUCUGGUUUCCAACGUUUCCUUCAAAGAGACGCAGUUCAUCGCCGUCACGGCCUACCAGAAUGAGGAGAUUACAGCUCUGAAGAUCAAGUACAACCCGUUUGCUAAAGCCUUCCUGGACGCCAAAGAGAGGAACCCAGGUGGACGGGGCUUAGCAGAGUCACUGGAGGGUCGUGCUGGGAUUCAGCCCUGCUGGUCACUGUGCUCGGCCGGAGGAGGCGGAGCUUUUCCUUAUGGCAGCAGCCUCCCACUGACGUCUCACCAUCACCAUGGUUACAAACAUCAUGGUUACCCGGGGCGACACACACCUUACCCCACCGCCUACCUGCCACACCGCUCACACUCCUCAGUUUGUCUGUCUGAAGGUGUUCAGGUGUUAUCAGAUGGAUGGAGCAGCUCCUCCCCUUGUCCGGCCUCCUCUUCCUCCUCUUUGUCCUCCUCUACCUCCCUUCCCCUGACCAGCAACACUCCGUCCUCACAGCCUCCCCCUCCUCCUCCUCCUCCUCACAGCUCCAGUCAGUAUCCCUGCCUGUGGACAGUUGGAUGCAGUGAGCUGAGCCCCUCCCACUCGCCCUGCACCACUCUCCACGGACCAAUCAGCAAUGACACCCUCAUGCAGCCUCCCGGUCACAGCCGAGUGGGCGGUGCUGGAUGGCCACCUGGCCCCACCCACUCAUUCUGAGGAGGAUGUGAUGUGAUGUGAUUGGUCAAAUGGAGGUGCCGACUGUCUGUAGUUGCUGCUGCUGAGUCACUUCCUGUACGUCCUGCUAACCACUGAUGGCUACAAACACAUGUCCCACCAGAUGUCCUACCAGUAACUGGUGUCUGCCAGUGGCACAGGAAGCUACCUGUACCCACAGGUGGCCUCUGACAGCUGGCAGCAAUUAGCGACAGCUGACUGAGUCUUUGCUUGUUGUGCCUAAUACCUGCCACUUGUGGCCACUGCUAACUACUGCUAAGCUAAUAUCUGUUGGCAAAUGGUGGAGUGCAGCCACCUUUCAGGGGCCGCCAGUGUCAUGUGUCAUUACUUUAUAAUCAUGUUAUAAUUGCAGAAAAUCAGUAACUAAAUCGUCAGAAAGACAAUUCUGUGGACAGCCCUGAUUUUGAUUCUUGAAAACAUUUUUUUCCUUUUGUUUGUCAGUGCUGAUGAUGAUGAUGAUGACAACAUCUUGUUGUUGGUGUUGUGGCGCCCUCUGGUGCUGAAGGUGAAAACAUCCAUUAGCUCCUCUGGUAGUGAGGCCGAUGACAGGUGGUCGUCCUGUCUGUCUUUGUUCCAGUGUAUCCUGUAUGUCUGUACAGAAUGAUACUUGAUUGAUAUUUAAUUAAUUGAUAUUUGAUUGACAGGGAAGGUUUUUACAAAGUAAAAAAAUACAUUUCCUGUACAGUUUUGUCAGUUGUUUCAGCUGCUGCAUGUUGGCUCUUUGUUGUUCUUUCUGUACUUCUGGUAGUUGCUGAAAAAACAGAAACAAAAUGAACUCAACUCUUCAGUUUCACAUCUUUGACUUUGCUGAAUGUGGAAGUCCUGAAUUCCUCUACCCGUUGUUUUUUGCUGCAUGUGUGAGACAGCUUACUGUCAUUCUGCUCUGUGUCAAUAAAGGUUUCGUGGAAAGUUUGGCUGUAAUAUUUUAUUUUUUCCCAACAUAAAGAAGUCUUAAGUGGGACAUACAGAAAGAGAGCUAACUGCCACAAGAACAGAAUUUGUUCUUUAUUUCCAAAAUGGUACACUGUAAACGAAAUGUAUCCUUCAGCAGUACAUUUUCCCCAAAAGAAAAGCAAGGGAUGAAAAAAAAAUAGACGGUGAAAUGUUGUUUAUGUGCAGAGUCUAUUACUGUGAAUUUCUGUGUAUUUGUCAGUGCAUGUACUGUGUGUUUACUAUUGGGUGUCUGUCAAUGAA